AUUAAUUUUCUUAGCUUUAGCUCAUGGCUUUUGUACAGUAAAUGUCCACAUUUCUCUGUGAUCGCAUAUUUUGACGUGAAUGCAUUCCCCAAUUUUAGCACGAGCCCUGGAAACCGAUUGGAAGCCAACUGCGACAAAAGUUCCCGUCCAAGAACCGGAAGUCGCGGCUGAGCCCGCGCCGGAAAUCGUAGCCAAGCCUGAACCGGAAGUGGAGGCGCAACCCGAACCAGAGGCGCAACCAGAACCUGAACCAGAACCGAUACCAGAGCCGGAACCGAUAGUCGAAAAGAAGGAGAAAAAGGAGAAGAAAGAGAAGAAAGAUAAGAGGGAUAAAGAGAAAGAAGUGGCGCUGAGAAGAGCCGAGGAGCUGCUGAUCCGACAAGCCGAGGAAAACAGCAUUGCUCACGAAAGAUUGGAGGAACAGAGGCGAAAGGAAGCUGAGGAGGAGAGGCUGAGGCUCGAAAGAGAAGAAGAGGAAGCCAGGCUGAUCCUGGAGAAGGCUGAGAGAGAGGCCAGGGAGGCUGAGAUCGUCGAACAAGAGAGACAGGCUUACGUGAGGAGGGUGGAAGAUGAGAAAGUGGCGGCGAACAGACGGGAGCAAGAAAGGAUACAAGAGGAAGAGAGGGUCGCAGCCGAGCUCGAGUCGGCGGCCGUGGCUGCCGAGGAGGAAAGAAUCGCGAUCGCUAAAGCCGAAGAGGAGGCCAAGAAACAGUUGGAGGAAGAAAAGGAGCUCGCCUCUAUAAUCGGCUUGAACGGAGACACCCAGGAAGGUGCUAAAGUCCCGACCGUUUGCACCGGGAGACCGGCACAACCUGAAGAGACGGAGAUAGAGAGGGAAGAGAGAACCGUCGAGCCUUACAGUGAUGACGAUGUUCAGAUCGAAGAGGAAGAGGAAGUACAACACGAAGUCGCCGAAGAAGAGCCCUACGCGGUGGACCCCGAAUAUGCAGACAGCAUCCAGCAGGGAGGAGAUUCGGUCCAAGUGGAGGAAGUCACUUCCGGGGGUGAUGAAGCGGCACCGGAAGUGGGACCGGAGGUGACAUCCGGGGGCGAAGACGCACCUCCCGAGGUAACUUCCGGAGGCGAGGAGGCUGCACCCGAUGUAACUUCCGGGGGCGAGGAAACGAUACCGGAAGAGCCGCUCGUCGGCGACAAUGCGACCACCGAGGUGACUUCCGAUGUCGGAGAAACCGCACCGGAAGUGACGGCCGUCGAAGAGAUCAACGAAGAGGCCCCUGAAGAGAUCAACGUCUUCGAAGAGGAAGCGUAACUUCUCCCGGAAAUGUUUUCUCGCUAAUGGGAACAUCGAAGGAAAUUACUACCGAGAAAGAUACUUUAUUUAAUUUAAUUAAUUUCACGGAAUUGGCAAAAAUCUAACGCUUUAUCGGGGAAUAAUUGGACAGCUAUUAUCAAGAGCUUCCCGUUUCUUGCGAUACAUGGUCGAUUAUUCAUUUACUUUGAAGAGAUAUUUUCGGUGGACGAACUCCUCUUCGUCGUAUAUCGUUUUUAAAAGUCGUUUCCAAGGAUACGAAAAUUAUACCGGAGAUAAUUUUUCAUCAAAGACGUCGCACCGGAAGUGGCGGUCAUCGAAGAAGAGGCCUCUGAGAAGAUCUACGUUCUCUUUGCGGAAGUAUUUUUCCUAUUCGGAAUAACAAAGAUGAUGACUGUUCGGAAAAAUACUGAAUUUAAUUUGACAUUAUUUGUUAAAAAUCAAAAGCUUUAUCGGAGAUUAAUCGAACAUGUACUAUCCGAAAAAUACUGUUUCUAGCAAUACACGUUAUCAAUUUACUUAGGAAAAAUCAAAUAGAUACUAAGAGCUUCCUGUUUCUGGCAAUAAGUGAUCGAUUAUUUAUUUAUAUCAGACAGAAAUCUCCUCCGAUGCGCGACAUUCUCAUCCUCGUAUGUCUUUUUUAAAAUAUUUUCAAAAGGUGACAAUAUUUGUUAAAAUCGAAGGCUUCAUCGGAGAUUAAUCGAACAUGUACUAUCGGGAAAAUUCUGUUUCUAGCAAUACACGUUAUCAAUUUACUUAGGAAAAAUCGAGUAGAUACUAAGAGCUUCCUGUUUCUGGCAAUAAGUGAUCGAUUAUUUAUUUAUAUCAGACAGAAAUCUCUUCCGAUGCGCGGACCUUCUCAUCCUCGUAUGUCUUUUUUAAAACAUUUUCAAAAGGUGACAAUAUUUGUUAAAAUCGAAGGCUUUAUCGGAAAUUAAUCGAACAUGUACUAUCAGGAAAAUUCUGUUCCCAGCAAUACACGUUAUCAAUUUACUUAGGAGAAAUCCAAUAGAUACUACGUGCUUCCUGUUUCUGGCAAUAAGUAAUCGAUUAUUUAUUUACGUCAGACAGAAACCUCGUAUGUCUUUCUUAAAACAUUUUUAGAGGUGACGAUAUUUGUUAAAAUCGAAGACUUUAUCGGAGAUUAAUCGAACAUGUACUAUCAGGAAAAUUCUGUUUCUAUCAAUACACUUUAUCAGUCUACUUAGGAUAAAUCUAACAGAUACUACGAGCUUCCUGUUUCUGGCAAUAAGUGAUCGAUUAUUUAUUUACGCCAGACAGAAACCUCGUAUGUCUUUUUUAAAACAUUUUCAAAAGGUGACGAUAUUUGUUCAAAUCAAAGGCUUUAUCGGAGAUUCAUCGAACAUACACUAUCAGGAAAAUUCUGUUUCUAUCAAUACACUUUAUCAAUUUACUUAGGAUAAAUCCAAUAGAUACUACGAGCUUCCUGUUUCUGGCAAUAAGUGAUCGAUUAUUUAUUUAUGUCAGGCAGAAAUCUCUUCCGAUGCGCGACCUUCUAAUCCUCGUAUGUCUUUUUUAAAACUUUUUUAAAAGGAGACGAUAUUUGUUAAAAUCGAAGGCUUUAUCGGAGAUUAAUCGAACAUGUACUAUGGGGAAAAUUCUGUUUCUAGCAAUACACGUUAUCAAUUUACUUAGGAAAAAUCGAAUAGAUACUACGAGAUUCCUGUUACUGGCAAUAAGUGAUCGAUUAUUUAUUUAUAUCAGACAGAAAUCUCUUCCGAUGCGCGACCUUCUCAACCUCGUAUGUCUUUUUUAAAAGUCGAUUCCGGAGUGCAACGAAAUUGCUCGGGAACGACCAGACGAAUCUCGGUAUAGUUCUGUACGAGACCGACAGUCGUUUACACGCUUCCUUAGCUGCAGCUAUUUCUUCGAGACCAAUGGUCCGCCCAAGAUCGAUGGUCGGUCUGGUGGAGACGAGGCUCUUUUAUCGAUGGUCGUCGAAGGAUUGACAAGCAAACGCCCUUACGUGGACCGCGCGAUUUAUAACAAUGAUAAAUCGAUCAUGUCCGAGUCCUUGUUAGGUCAAAACGUACGCCUUCUUCAGGGUUAAGCUUAGUUCCAAGGAUAUCUAAUCAAAAGCCCCAAAUUUCGGCUAAUUAUUAUAAAUGAAAAUUUCUAUCAAUUGUUAAACGGCUAAAAGCAAUGUGGAAGAUAAUUGAAAAUGUAGCAGAGACAUGUGGAUUAUUUAGAAAAAUAUUAGAAUGAGAUUAAGUUAAAUCGCGCGCGAUGUACGGAACGCUUUCUUCAAGGAUUAAACUUAAAUUCGAAGAUAAUAAAAAAAAAACUGAAAUUUGUGGUAAUUACGAUGAAUAAAAAUUUGUACCAAUUGUUAAACAGUCAAAGGUAGCACGGAGGAUUAUUGAAAAUGUACUAAAAGUAUAUAAAUUAUUUAGAAUACCAUUAGAAUGAGAUAGAACCACCGGUCGAUUCUUUGACGAGGAUCCAGAAUAGUCAUACAUACUAUUAUUUUUCGAGGUAUUUAUAUUAUAUGAUAUUAAAAUAUGUAAUAUGUAAAACCACCGAACGGGCAGUUUCUCGCGCGGAAGGACGGAGAAGAGAUAUGAAAAAUCUAAGAUUAUGAUAAUAUUGACUAAAAUAUUAAUAAUAAGCUUUACUCGUUCCCUGUCUUCCCAAAUGCACCGAAUUAAUAGCAGAUCUAGAUCUAAUUGUAAGUCGAACUCUACUCUGUAAGAUACGCGCUGCUGUGCCAUGUAUAAACUAAGGAUUAUUUAUUACAAAACUAAUAUAUAUGUAUCCGUGUAUAUAUACGCGUGUAUUCUACUCGUUACGCGGCAAUCAUCCGCAUCGUGCGACAUCUAUUAUUUAUUCUACAUAUUACUAAGUACUAUUUAUUCAACUUGUACGCAUAAUACCACUUUGUCUAUGACUCUGCGACAAUAACGUAUCAAAGUGUUCAGAAAUUCAAA